CUGAACCUCUGAAGCCUCCCUACAGAAAAAGUAAACCUCAGCCACGGAGUCUAACUGGACUUAAAGACAUGUAUUUUCAGUUGGAGGACUGACUAUUUUUCUUUUGGGAAAAAAUAAAUACAAGUAAAGCUGGUUUGGGCCUACUGUAUUUAAACAUAUGGUAUUUCAACAGGAGCUUUGUCAAGUCAAACAGUCUAACUGGUUAACCUGUUUGGUCUGAACUGUACUACACAAACACAGAGUGGAUCAUGGGACUUCCACUUAUGAAGACAUCUGACAUACAAAUCGAGGUUAUGAAUGAAUAAUGGCAGACAAGACUAGUCCCAUGUUAGCCUCUGUGCCAAAUCACUCAGGGACCAAUGUCACCACUGUCCUAUGGGAGACCAAUCCUACAGUUCCUGCCAAUGUGGGUGUUGUCACAAGCUCCCAGUCCCAGAUCAAAGACCUUUUUGGGUUGUUCUGCAUGGUGACCCUUAACCUCAUUGCUUUGUUGGCCAAUACUGGUGUGAUGGUGGCCAUUGCCCGUGCUCCUCACCUAAAGAGGUUCGCUUUUGUGUGUCACCUUUGCGCAGUGGACCUGUUGUGUGCCAUCCUUCUCAUGCCUUUGGGUAUAAUAUCCAGCUCAGCGUUCUUUGGAACUGUGGUGUUUACUAUUCUGGAGUGUCAGGUUUACAUCUUUCUCAAUGUUUUCCUCAUCUGUCUCUCCAUUCUCACCAUCACAGCCAUCAGUGUGGAGCGUUACUUCUACAUUGUACACCCCAUGCUUUAUGAAGUCAAGAUGACCAUUAACCUUGCUAUUGGUGUCAUGCUAAUAAUUUGGGUUAAAUCAGUCCUCUUAGCUUUGGUCACGCUGUUUGGAUGGCCAGCUUAUGGACAUCAGAGCUCUAUUGCUGCAGCUCACUGCUCUCUACACGCGAGCCACAGUCGUCUAAGAAGUAUAUUUGCUGUGCUAUUCAGUGUGGUUUGUUUCCUAGUUCCUACGGUGGUUAUCUUUGCGGUUUACUCUGCUGUGUACAAAGUAGCACGUUCUGCAGCCCUGCAGCAAGUCCCUGCUGUGCCAAGUUGGGCAAACGCAAGCCCUGCUAAGGAUCGCUCAGACUCCAUCAACAGCCAGACCACCAUGAUCACUACCACUCGUACUUUGCCCCAAAGACUAUCUCCAGAGAGGGCUUUCAGUGGAGGAAAGGCUGCCCUUACUUUGGUAUUUAUUGUAGGUCAGUUCUUUGUUUGUUGGUUGCCCUACUUCAUCUUUCACCUGCAAAUGUCUCUGACUAGCUCCAUGCACAGCCCCGGGGACUUAGAAGAGGCGGUCACUUGGCUGGCCUACUCCUCCUUUGCUGUUAACCCAUUCUUCUACGGCCUGUUGAACAGGCAGAUCAGAGAAGAGCUGGUAAAGUUUCGCCGCUGCUGCUUGACCCAGCCGGCAGAGUUUGGAACAUCCAGCCACGAGGGCUCAUUUCAGGAGAACUUCCUCCAGUUCAUCCAGAGAUCCAGCAGCACAGCUGAAACCACAUCCAGCUGUGCCAAUUCCCGUCCCAGAAACACUAUAGACCAGGGAAUAAGAAUCCCUGGACAAAUACCUGAGGAGCACACUUAGACAUUGACCAACAUGAGUUAUGGACCAUGGUGCUAAUAUAAAAGCCAGGUCAGUUUUUUUGUUGUUAGCAAGCCAUUUUCUUAAUAGAUCUCAUCUUAAGUCUAUCCUAAAACUACUUUCAUGCCAAUAUGUACUGUACAUUGAAAUGAUUAUUGGUCACUGUACUCCUCCCUGCCUAUACAUUAAAACUGGCUUUAGAAGGGAUCUCUUUAUAGACUGUGAUAUUGUGCAUGGCUGCCGUCACGGUAGCCAUGCGCAAUCUUUUUUUUCUCAAGGCCUGGGUGUAAAGGUUGCCUGUAUAUGUUGGUUUAGCAUGUCAAUAUGUUUAUUUGCAUCAUUUUCAAAUACCUAGCCAUUCAUCAAACUUCCACAGUAAUCCCGAACCUUUCUUGUGCACAUAUUUAAGAUCUAAUACUGCGGUGAUGUAUAUGCCUACAACCAUCAAUACAUCAAAAUACAUCAGUUUUUAAAACCAUAUAAUUUACUUCACAAACAUGACCAGUUAUAAUAACCACGCAACACAUAUGUCUUUGUUAACUAUGUAUGUUUAUUGAGAGUAAAAGGUAACAGAGGGUAACAAAUAAUCUUUGUCUGUAAAACACACUUACCAGCAUGUGCUCUCUUUGUUGUAUAAAGAAAAAUUUGCAGCGAUUCUCAGGUUUUAAUGACGUUAUGACUUCUGAGGUAACAGAAAGUGACUCAAAUUUUAAGUAAUACAUUUAUUAGUCAUCAAGAUAUCUUGUGGCUUUGUCAAAUGUUAAUGUGAAUCAUAUAAAUGAUAUUUUGGAAAUUUCUAGCGUAAUAGAUACAUUCAUUUUGGCUGUAUGAAGCCUUUACUACUACUCUACUCACCUGAUCUACUCCUGCAUUGUACUGUUGUGUUAGUAUGUUGUAAUUUGAGGGGCGGGCUUCAGCCUAUAUAGAUAGGCAGUUUUAUUUGCUCAGGCCACAGAGAGUUAGAGGAGACUGGAAGGAGUGGGACGUAAGUCCGUUGGAUGCCCGCAGAGUUGUGACUUGUUUAAAGAUCAACAGGAAACAAUAUGUUUUUAAAAUGUGAUAAUUUGGACUCUCAUGUCAAUUUAAUUUAUUUUCUUGAAAGUUUUUUUUUUUUUUUGGUUAAUUUUUAUAUCACUAUUUUGCCUCAUUGGCCUUACUUUGGGUACACAAUAAAAAUCCCAUCUUUUCAACCUCAUCUCAGACUUACACCUGCUCAUACCUGCUAAUCUACAUCAACCCAUUACAUAGCCAGUAUGGACAGAAGGACAAAUUACAGCAACCAAUGAUCAUUUCAAUGCACAUAUGGACAAUUCAGUAUUGUUUUAAGACUUCAACAAAUGUGAUCCUAUCCUUAAAAUACAUGUCAUUUUAGGUCCAGGUGCUAUGGUUGGCAUAGAUUAUAUUGAUACAAGUCCCUGUUUGCCAAUUUUCCAUUCAUAUUACAAUUGAACUGAUUUCAUUGAUUUUUGUAGAAAAUAGGUGAAAAUGUAAAUAUGAAAAUCUGGAGUGUAACUACAAAGACAAGGUAAAAAUUGGAUGAAUAUUUGCAUUCCAUAUAAACAUGAGAGAAUUCCACUGUAUCCUUUUUUAAAUGUUGGUAAACAAUAUGUAUAGACAAAUGUUGGUGGAGUCUGUUGAAUUUAGGAUAAGUAUUGAAUGUGAAUGUUGCCAAGCGAUGGUAUAACUUAUAUUGUGGUUUUUGUAGUGUGACAACCUGUUAUGAAUCUGAGGGACUUUACCACAGAGUUCCUGUGUGCAACAGAUAUGCUGAUAGAUGGCAAAUGCCAUCUGCCUCUGUUGUCAUGGAAAUUGAGUGAGCCUGUAAAUGACAUAGCAAUGAGCACCUUUAGGCUGGUUGCUUUGGCUUUAAAUCCCGACUGCAGUCUACUAAUUCUGGUUUGUUCCUGCUUUUCACAUGCAGACUGAUUACAUGAGACCUAUUAAUUCAGAUAGAGGCUCAUUAACAUGUGGUUAGAGGCUGAAGGUAAGGUAGCACAAAUCCUUGUGAAUAUGGACUGCUGUACUGUAAUAGUGACAUGGAUAUGGGGAGGCAGGAAAUAGUGAAUUUACAUUGGAAAUCACUACUGGACAUUGAUAAUGCUCUGAGAGUGGUAACAAAGUGCUGUUUUAUGGCCUCAGGUGUUUGUAUUAGUCUUUUACAAACAGCAGUCAUGCUGAAUAAGGAAGAAUAGUGUGGUUAAAGCAAAUAACGGCAAAAACCAUUUUGCAGGUUGUCACUUACUGGAGUAUACACCACUCUUUCAGAGCUACUGCGCUUGUGUUCUUAAUACUUGGAAGUAGGUAAAUACUGCAAUAGCUUUCUUACCAAGAGGAUAUGUGUACAUAAACACAGAGUGCACAGGAACAUGCUGUGAGACAUUUUUGUCAAUA